ACUGCCCUUGUCGCUUCCUGCGACUCGGUUGACAACAGAGCUACCAGAUGCAGAGGGAAGAAUGCUUGGAGGAUUUCGUAUAAAUUCGUGUUAUUAUUUGCGCGUUAAUUAUUAUAAUGGAAGACACAAAAGAUGCGUUUGUGUUCAAAGGUGUUGCGGAGAGGCUGACCCUCGGAAUUACUCGAAUACUCGAGAACAUGCCAGGGGUGGUGGAUGUGCGUUUCGCAGAGAGAGAGCCUGCAGAAAAGAGGACCCUCCUGUUCUGGGAGCAGAAAAACACGUGUAUUUUACCCGAGGAUUUGCGAGACUUCUAUCUGACCACUGAUGGAUUCACAUUAACCUGGAGUGUUAAACUGGACGAUGAGUGUGUCCCUUUAGGUUGCAUGAUGAUCAAUAGCGUGGGUAGGCUGUGCCCGCUGCUUCAGCCCAUAUCUGUUUUCUCUCUCACUAACGCCCCCUCGCUGGCUGACCUGGACUGGCAGGAGAGCAGCUCAGAAACUGGAUUGGAGCCUGCGCCGUCUGCACCUCAUUUUGAUUCCCGGAGCCGCAUUUAUGAGCUGGAUUCCUGUGGUGGGAAUGGAAAAGUGUGUCUUGUUUACAAAAACUGCACUCCAGGGGUGGUCGCACAGCACAGUGAAAUCUGGUUCCUGGACCGCUCGCUGUGCUGGCAUUUUUUGACAGCAACUUUUACCGCCUACUACAGACUGAUGAUAACACACCUGGGUCUACCUGAGUGGCAGUAUGCCUACACACCGUACGGCCCAAGCCCUCAGGCUAAGCAGUGGGCGUCCCUCUACCAGCCCCUGAUUUUCAACUGUGAAGUUAGCCAGACGGAUUCUGCUGGAGAUGUGUUUCUAAACAAACUGGACCCCACAAAGGCCUUCAAAGGCAAAGUCAAGGUACCACCUCCCAAGAAGAAGCAGUUGACCCAGUGCGGCUCAGGAGGUACUGCUAAACACCAAGGGAACACAGGAAGACACAGUGGAGCAAAACGGUGAAAUCAAUCCAAUCUAAGAGAGAGACAUUUGCUGCCAUGCUGCUUUGUUUUUGCCUAUUUCACCACCACAUCUUAAAAAGACUGAUCUACCAUCGUCUGUUUGUUGGACGGUUAACCGCGGCUCCUUGUAAUGCAAGAGCAUGUUUGCAAUAUUAAGUAGCAUGCAUAGUCUAUAACCAGGAUUUGAAUGGCCAAGCUUGUGUUUAGUUUGGUAUUUAUAAGACACAAGUAAUGCUAUAUGUUGAAAGAAUUGAAGCUUUACCAGCUUGGGCCGGUUACUAGUUUCAAGGUAUACAAAAGUUCUGCAAAAAAAAUCACGUCAUCGCGUCGUUUUUUUUAUUUUUAUUAAUUUGCAAAGAACACAGAGAAUCAUGGUGUUUAAACUAAAUAAAUACCACCCAUCACCAGCUAAUAUUAGCUGGUUAGCUUCUCAGUGUUUGUCUGUGGAAAGCACAAUGGCAGAAGGGUAUAGAAAUGUGCGCCAUAAGCAUUUGAAAACUAUUGAUGUGUUUAGCAGGUAUUUAUUUUCUAUUUUUCCUUAUUUAUAUGUCUAAAAUUCAAAGUAAUAUUGUUAUUUAUUGUUUUAUGGGCUGCACAGUGGCACAGUUGGUAGCACUGUUGCCUUGCAGCAAGAAGGUCCUAGGUUCGAUUUCCGGCCGGGGGUCUUUCUGCAUGGAGUUUGCAUGUUCUCCCU